UAACCCAACAUUACGCACGUGACACAAUGGUGAGGUGGAGCCGUGGAGGGAGGUUAAACGGCGAUGCCUCCGCCGUAUGUUUCUGUGUAGAUUAAUGCUGCACCACUGCUAAACCAAAGAAACCAAGCCCUAGAAUUGGCGGUUUUUUGUGGCCGUUACUUCCAUGCCUUUUGAUAUCAUGGGGAAAAGGAAGCGCCCCUCUCAGCUUCAUCCCUUCACCUCCGAUUCUCCUCUUUCUUCUGCUUCUUCUGACACCAUGCCUUGUUCCUCUGGAAUGGAUUUGUUAACAGAGAAAUCUUCACAUUUAACUGAAGCCGGUGCUCUCAAGCCUCUCACAUCGGUCAUGGAUAUGACAGAUAGUUCUUUGAAGCUAUCAAAUCCCCAUCAUCCACUUUCACAUCAUCAUUACAAUCUCAGUCGUACGUUACUUUUAAGACGUUCACGGCAUCACUAUGGUCAUCAAUAUUCUCGAAGGAAUUCAGCCAACCAUGCUGAUGCUUCAACUUCUCAUGGCAAGAUCACUCCUUCAUGUGAUGAGAAACUGUCCUUCAAGUUGGCUAACCAUUCCAAGUCAGACUUUGGACAACACACUGGGAGUAGGGAAAAAGCCUUUUUCCGGCCAGAAAGAAUUAGGUCAAGUUCAUCAGUGGUGGAUGCAGUAUCUCUUGAUAUGGUGAGGAUGGUUUGUGGAAUAUGUCAGAGGCCAUUGAGGCGGAAACCUUACUGUCUAGAAAAUGUACUCUCUUCAAGUGAGCUCUCUGUUGUGGCAGUUUUAGUUUGUGGUCAUGUUUAUCAUGCAGACUGUUUGGAGCAGAGAACAUGUCAUGAAGAUAGACAGGACCCUCCCUGCCCAUUAUGUGUAGGCUUGCUCUCCAAGGUUGAUGACUCAGGAGGACAGGAAUAACCGUACAUAUACUGACUUAAUACAAGAAACAUAACAUAUUCAGAGGGAAAUAUAGGUGUUUUAUAUAUCUCAGACUGAAUGUUCCGUCAGGUAGGAGUUUUACCCUGCUUUUAGUGCAAAUUGCUAUCUAUUUGAUUUAGUUUUCAAAUGUUCUGCUAGGCAGAUCAGAAAAGCACCUAUGUCGUGUUCCUGCAAAUGAUACAUGUAAAUUGAAGUAAUUCUAUUUGGAUGCCAUUAAUAAUGUAAAUUGCAUUCCCUUCUGAUAA